GCGUAUACGCAACGCGAGCUCCGCCACAGUCAGAACCAUAAUCGGGCAGAUAUAUAGACUGAGGCGAGGCUAUAUAAGCAGGGGAUGCGCACCGAAAGCCAACAGAUGGUCGCUGACUGUGCACGCGUGUGGUUAUCGGAGAUCAGUAAACAGCCAAACUAAACACCGAAAGUUAUUGUAAUAAAAACGCGGGGAAUAAGCGAAAUAAUCAAAAUGCGACCGCUUAUUUAUUCAGAAUUUUGAGGCGGCCAAAUGCGGAGGCCCAAAAACUCUUUGGAUCUACACGGAAUUCCGAAUUCUGAGAGACGGCAAAGACAACAGCGAAAUCCCAACAGUGCAAUCCAAAUUGGAAACUAAAUGAGCAACUGCUGCUGAAGCAGCCAGAUAAACUAAGAGACAUCCGUGUCACUCGCAGACGAAAAGACAUCAACCGUCGGCCAGGAAGAACAAUACUACAUUCUAUAGCGUAUAUAUCCCCAGGGCGGAGGAGAUUGCCAGAACGAUGAUAAUCAGCAUGAACCAGACGGAGACCGGGCCAUUGGCAGCUGGGGAGCACCUGAGCGGCUAUGCCAGCAGCAGCAAUAGCGGGAGGUACCUCGACGACCGGCAUCCCCUGGACUACCUGGACCUGGGCAUUGUCCACGCCCUCAACACCACGGCCAUCAACACCUCGGAGCUGAACGAGACUGGGAGCAGGCCGCUGGACCAGGUGCUCAUCGGCAGGUUCCUUAGCAACCGGGCCGUGGACAGUCCCUGGUACCACAUGCUCAUCAGCAUGUACGGCGUGCUGAUUGUGUUCGGCGCACUGGGCAACACCCUGGUGGUCAUCGCCGUGGUCCGGAAGCCCAUCAUGCGCACAGCCCGGAACCUGUUCAUCCUGAACCUGGCCAUAUCGGACUUACUUCUAUGCCUGGUCACCAUGCCGCUGACCUUGAUGGAGAUCCUGUCCAAGUACUGGCCCUACGGCUCCUGCUCCAUCCUGUGCAAAACGAUUGCCAUGCUGCAGGCACUCUGCAUUUUCGUGUCGACAAUAUCCAUAACUGCCAUCGCCUUCGACCGCUAUCAGGUGAUCGUGUACCCCACCCGGGACAGCCUGCAGUUCGUGGGCGCGGUGACGAUCCUGGCGGGGAUCUGGGCCCUGGCCCUGCUGCUGGCCUCGCCGCUGUUCGUCUACAAGGAGCUGAUCAACACGGACACGCCGGCGCUGCUGCAGCAGAUCGGGCUGCAGGACACCAUCCCGUACUGCAUCGAGGACUGGCCGAGUCGCAAUGGGCGCUUCUACUACUCGAUCUUCUCGCUGUGCGUGCAGUACCUGGUGCCCAUCCUGAUCGUCUCGGUGGCCUACUUCGGGAUCUACAACAAGCUGAAGAGCCGCAUCACCGUGGUGGCCGUGCAGGCGGCGUCCGCCCAGAGGAAGUCGGAGCGCGGCCGGCGGAUGAAGCGGACCAACUGCCUCCUGAUCAGCAUCGCCAUCAUCUUCGGCGUGUCCUGGCUGCCGCUGAACUUCUUCAACCUGUACGCGGACAUGGAGCGCUCGCCGGUCACCCAGAACAUGCUGGUGCGCUACGCCAUCUGCCACAUGAUCGGGAUGAGCUCGGCCUGCUCCAACCCGCUGCUCUACGGCUGGCUCAACGACAACUUCCGUAAAGAAUUUCACGAACUGCUCUGCCUCUGCUCAGAACCCACUAAUGUUGCUCUUAACGGUCACACGACAGGCUGCAACGUCCAGGCGGCGCGUCGGCGUCGCAAGCUGGGCGCCAACCUCUCCAGGGGCGAGCUCAAGCUGCUGGGUCCGGGCGGCGCCCAGAGCGGCACCGCCGGCGGCGAGGGCGGCCUGGGUAUGGCGGCCACCGACUUCAUGACCGGCCACCACGAGGGCGGACUGCGCAGCGCCAUCACCGAGUCGGUGGCCCUCACGGAGAACAUGCCCUCGGAGGUCACCAAGCUGAUGCCGCGUUUGGAACAGUACUAAAUUGGCAAUCAAUCCUGGAGCAGCGGGAGGCUGGAGCAGCGUUCGAGUGAAGAGACUUCCAACUCGCUCUUAGAAUUUACGGAAAACACAUAUUGUCCAGUGAUCCAAAGCCAAGCUGAGUUACACCUAAUUUAAGACACAUAACGAGUAUAAAUCUCGAAGCCUGUAAUCUAUUCCUAAUUGAGCAUCUCAUCGCAUUCAUCGUCAAUGUCGGACUAAGUAUUAGGCCCACUUUGGUUUGAUCACUUUCCUAUCGAAUGCCGGAAAGUAAUUGAUUGAGCCCCCAAUUGGAUUUCGGGUAUUUGAUAAGUCGAAUACACCUAAGACCUCGAAUAAGUUCCCUUCAAACAGUUCCUAGGCUAUAUUUUCAGUUUCUCGCAGAGCUAUGUAUUUCUUGUUAUCAUCUAAGAUUAGGAUUAGUUAUAAUUGAUGUUCAGUUCUUUAUUCUCUAAUAAUAGGUUAACUGAAAGCCCACAAAACACAAGUGAGUUUAUAAUAUAGUCCAUAAAUGUAAAAAAACUUUGAAAUAAAUGUCAGCAGCUCUAAAAACAUCCGAAGCUAAAAAGUUUCCAUGUCUGUCAAUGGCAGACUUUACACAAAAACUACAAAAUAUUUUAAUAAAUGUU